GUUCUUCUGCUGCGGCCUGCAGUGUCUCGUCUGGCCCUUGCUGCAGACUUUGCCGCAGGGCGGCUCUUCGGGCUCAGGCUUCGCAAUGUGAAGAACCCGGAGGUGCCCGGAAGCGUCCUUUGGACGCUCAGGUCAUUCUCACGACCGAGGCUUCGUGGCUCCUUGGUAACAGCGGCCGAGGCUGCUGCCGGUGCCGCCGUGGCCGCUGCUGCUGCUGGCCAGGCCCUGGCAAGUGCCAGCGCCACUGCUGCAGAGAGUCCACCCCCGCACGAAGCUGCGGCCAGCGAAGUCUUGCAAUGGCUGGACUGGACCACGCAAGGCCGCGACGAGAUUGCAGAGCUGGAAGCCACUCCGGUGCGUGGUCUGCUGCAGAUUCUCCCCAACAGCCCUUUCUUGGAGAGCAGCUUCUUCGAUUUUCCAGACACAGAGGUCGCCUUUUCGAUGGGAGUCCUGCCUGGACAG